UUGCUGAUUUUCCCGACAGCACAUGAAGGCAUCAUUUUUGCGUAUGGCGUCAUCAGGGAAGCUUCAUCUGACGAUAUUCAUUAUUCACACAGAUGCUGUGCACGAAUGUAUUUGUUGAAGUGGGGUCUGCUCUUUCUUCAGAGAUGGAGUCUCAGAAUUCAAACCUGACCUGUGUCAUAUGCCUGGAGCGUUUCCGAAUCCCUGUAACCAUCCCCUGCGGUCACACCUUCUGUCAAACGUGCAUCACCAUUCACUGGGACACCAAGAGCAAGUGUGAUAUCGGACCCCAGUGCCCCAUCUGCAAUGAGAAGUUUCCUACAAGGCCCAUUCUCAAGCGUAAUGUGUCCCUGUCAGUCCUGACUGAGGCUGCAAACAGCACCGGCCCUUCCUGUAGAGAUUCGCUCAUGAGGGGAAGCGAAGGGGCGAGAGCAAUGCUGCUGUGUGAUCGCCAUAAAAAGCCUCUGGUUUAUUACUGCAGGCAGGACAAAAUGUCUGUGUGCUGCGAGUGUGGCAUCUAUGAAUGCGUGAACCACGAGAAGGUCUUGUUGGAGGCAGAAAGGGAAAAUCAAGAGCUGCUGCUGGAAAGGAAGAGUAAGGAGGUGGGGAAACUCACUGAAGAGACGCAGAAAAGUAUAAAUGACUUGGCUGAGAAUAUCAAUCAAGCUAUGGUGACUCUUGAACAGACCUCCACCUGGGUGAAUGUCAAGUUCUCCACCCUGAUAAAAGUACUGGCUGAGAAGCAGGAGGCUACAGGGCUCUUCAUUGAGGAGCAGAAAAAAGCUGCCAUCAGUGAGGCGAAGGCACGGCUAGCUGAACUUAUGGAGCGCUCCCAGAUACUCAGAGAGAGCCAGGGACAGAUAGCAGCUGUACAUAACCUCUCUGAUACAGAGCUCAUUAAGGAAUCAAUGGUCAUAGAAGUUCCACGUUUCAAGGAUAUUCCCACAGAUGUAACGCCAACCCUUCAAGAUCAAUUAAACGGCGUCACAGAAGUCCUAUCCCGAGUCGCCAAGCUGGUGUCUGAGGACCUAGAGAAAGCUGUGAGCACCGCUGUGGGUCAGGACAAAGACGGUUCUCCUCAGGACAAGAGGCCGAUCCUAGCUGUGGUUCCCAGUCCAGCUGCUCCUUGCCACCCUGGUGGGAAAGAGGGCCUCACUGCUUACCGAUGCUCUCUGACCUUUGACCCUCGCACGGCCAAUGGGCACCUGUUUCUGUCCCAGGAGAACAGGAGGGCGGAGCACCUGACCUCUGGGCCACGCCCUGUCCCAGGCCAUGAAGCCCGCUUCGAUCACACCUGGCAGGUGCUCUGCUUUCAGGGCUUCACCCAUGGACAGCACUACUGGGAGCUGGAGGUGUCCAAGCCGUGGGCCUACCUCGGGGUAACCUAUGAGACCAUCCCCAGGAAGGAGAAAGGAAAGAGGUGCAUGGUGGGUAUGAACGAACUGUCCUGGAGCCUGCAGCUGGAUGAGCAUCAGCUCAGCGCCUGGCACAACGGCCGGCGGGAGACUCUGGCCGGCCACUCGCAGCACAACCGCAUCGGCAUGCUGCUGGACUACGAGGCGGGGACACUCACCUACUACGGAGACGGGCAGACCAGGCUCCACGCCUUCCACUGUGCCUUCACCCAGGAGCUGUUCCCUGCCUGCUGGAUAGGAGAGGGGGUCAGCAUCACCCUCUGCUCCACAUGAGCUGACUCAUAAAGAGAAGUAAAGAAGGGAGCUCAGAGUAAGAAGCACUAUCAAACAUGGGUACUAGCUGAUUCAACAUAGAGGAUCCCCCCUAAUCAUUUAGGAGGGUUUUUUAAAAAUCUUUUUUUUUUUUCUCUCUCUCUCUUUACAAUGACUGCCUUCCUACCUUGUUUUAAGCAGAAGAAGUAACUGUGAUGGGCUUUCUUCCCCCAAACUAGCCACCUGGUUUUGGCUUAUUCACAUUAUUACUUAACACAUGACAAUAACAUAGCUAAGGAAAAGGUCAAAAUCUCUGGCCAUAAAGGCCCUUAGGGCUCUAGUUUAAGGACAGCACUACUUCCUUCUGGUUUGUUUUGGUUUUCUUCAAAGUAUGUGUGAAAUAACCUUACAUUUUAGAUAGAUGCUUUCAGGUAGGAAAAGACCAAUCUCCUCAACUCAAUAUGUCAGAUUAUUGUACUUUCACUAGACACAAUGAGUUUCCUUGUUCUACUGCAAGGCAAUAUGCAUUUAUUACAGGUGGUUGGGCUUACAGGCAAAUGACAAAUAUGACAAAAUAUAUUCAUUCAUAAAAUCCACAUACAUGCUGAGGUCACGCUGUUGUAUGAUGAGUGAUUAGUUAGAAAGCAGAGUUUCUGAGGAGCAGAUGAGUACAGUGGUAUCAGUUUAUCCAUUGUGUUGCUUUAAGAGUGCUGGACUACAACUAAACCGACUACUGCAUUAUUUUCCUUAACCGUUAAGUGCAGUUUGGCUGGUCUUACAAAUGCACAUCCUUAAAAGGGUGACGGUGUGUGCUGCCAACUUUGUUGCACACAUGUCAGAUUUCACUAUGUCCGACUCGUCUGCUUUGAAAAAAUAGUUCGUCGUUUUUUGGGAGAUCUGCUUAUUCGCUUUCUUGCUGAGAGUUAGAAGAUCAAUGCCACUCAUGUCUGUACGAUAAGUAAGAAGCUACAGCCAGCAUCCGGUUAGCUUAGCUUAGCAUAAAUACUGGAAACAUACAGAAACAGCUAGCAUGGCUCUGCUCAAAGGUAACAAAAUCCAACGAACCAGCACCUCUAAAGCUCACUAAUUAACAUGUUAUAUCUUGUUGCCUGGCAAGCAGUGGAGAUUCCAGGAAGUUGGUUUAAUAAGUUUUGAUCUGUGGGUGGCAUUCAGUCCACAGAAAUAUGGGAGCCAGUUAAUCAUGUGGUGCGUACAGGACAGUAAGCCAAUACAGUAUUCUGAUUAUAAUUCAUAUGAGACAUUGUCCUGUUAAAAGUACAACCCCCCCACCCCUGUUGUACCAUAAGCGAUGUAGGUGAAAACAAAUUGCUGUGGGUUGUACAUUACUACUGAGAAUACAGAACUGAAAAUGGAACGCUAUUAUCAUCAUCUUGGGAUCUUAGUAUGAAUGCACAAACAAAUCGUCCUGCCUGUACAGCCUUAAACCUGUGAUGCUGACAUUGUUCUGAGGCAGUCUGCUGUACUGUACAAAUGUUUUAAUAGGCUUUUGGCCUUUUUUUUUUCUUCUUUUUUUUUUUUUAAAUCAUGAGCACUUCGAUGGCAUAGCUGUGACCUUCGGAAUGUUGAGGUACUCGAGGCUCAGGACAUCAUACUUUCUUUCUUUGUCUUUGGGAAACUGCUGUGGAUUUGCACAAGUUGUCCAAAAGCGCAGACGAGGACUACUGACUCGGAGAAAGGAAAAGCAUAUUUCCAGGCUGUUUUGGCCUGAUGACAUAAAACAUAACCCCUCCUGCUGACUCUGGAAUAUGUUUAUGUUAAGUAUGCUAACGCACUAUGCUGUGUUCAAAGUGGAAUACCCAUCAAUGUGUGAUACAGCUAUUCUCAGUGUAGAAAUAGACAAAGACAGUUCUGUUUCACAUGAAUCAAGAUCCAUUUAAUAAAAUCCAAUCCAAUGCAUACAUGCAUUAGUUGAGAUCAUGCUUUGUUUUUCUUACUUGAGCCAUUUUACAUGAAUUAUUCAAUAAAUUUGUUUGAAAUAAA